UUGGCGUUUAGUGCGGCAACGUCCACUUCGCCAGCUGCAUCCCAGCGAUUUUCCCCCAAGCACGAGUCCACAAGCCAGUGCAAAUAAAGCCUAAGACUUACAGUGACGAUGGUCAACUUCGGCCACAUUUGUGUGUGGGCCUUGCUCUUGGUCACCACAUCGGCCACUGAUCUGAGUGACGAUGAGGCGCUCAACGAUGUUUUAAGCGAACUUGAGUUUGACGACUCUUCGACCAGAUUAACUCGCGACACUUCUCUGUCGGCCAAGCACAUCGAGAAGAUUGAUGUGAAAUGCGAUCAAGGCAACGGCAUGAUGGUUGAGGUGGAGUUCUCCGAGGAUUUCGAGGGAGUCAUCUACAGCCAGGGAUACUACAAUGACCCCAAGUGCAACUACGUGAAGGGCGACAGAGCGGGUCGCAGUUUCAUAUUCACAGUGCCAUACGAUGGAUGCGGCAGCAAGCCCUCCUGCUCCGUUUGUGCCUCAAUCGAGAACAUCCUGAUCAUUCAGGAUGACAGGGAUAUACAGAACAGCUUUGAUAUAGCGCGUAAGAUAUCGUGCAGUCGGGGCGAUGAACGCGAGAAGACUGUUUACUUCAAGCCAUUCGUGGUGGACAUGCUCGAGGUUAUUUCCGUGGAUACGCCAAGUGGUCCCGUGGAGUGCUGGAUGGAAAUCGGCACUGGAUCUCCGCCCAACAUCAAACCAAUUCAGGGCACUCUCACCCUCGGAACCGACAUCACUUUCACCAUUAAUGUUAAGCACUCGGAACAGUCCUGGGAUAUAAAUAUUCUGCAGUGCUAUGCCUCCGAUGACAUGGACUUCGAGGCCAGAACCACGAAGAGAUUGCAAUUGUCGGACAAGAGGGGUUGCUCCAUAAAGGAGAAAAUAUUUGGGGAGUGGCGAAAGUUUGAGGCGCCUUCUAGUCUAACAUCCACUUAUUAUAACACUCUUAAGGCCUUUAGGUUCCCCGACAGAUCGCAGGUUUAUCUGAAGUGUGACAUUGAACUCUGCAAUGGAGCGUGCAAAAGGGACUACUCCUGCGGCAGUGAGAAGUCAGUUCUUUGUCCCGAGGGAUCGACUGAUCCUCAGUGUCUACAGGAUAAUCUGAUCUCACCAAAACCUCGCUGCUAUCCAGGCUCCAGGGAGCCAGGAUGUCAAGCGCCCACUUCGCGGCCACCUACUACGAUCAGGAUACCAAUUGCCUCAACCUUUACUCCGAGGCCGAGGUGUUAUCCGGGAUCAAACGACCCGGAAUGUCAGCCAGCUACUUAUCUCCCACCGACAACGAGAAGGACUCCGGUCAAGCCUCGUUGCUACCCGGGAUCAAGUGACCCCGGUUGUCAAUCGCCAACAAGGGCACCUUUCACCACUUCGAAACCAAGAUGUUAUCCAGGCUCCGAUGAUCCUGAGUGCCAGCCGGGAACUACUCUGCCGCCAACAACAAGAAGAGUGCCGGUUACUACUCCAAAACCAAGGUGUUAUCCGGGAUCUACCGAUCCAAGCUGCCAGCCCAGGACUCGAGCACCUAUAACCACAUCAAAGCCAAGAUGUUAUCCUGGUUCUGAGGAUCCAGAAUGCCAGCCGGCCACUUACCUUCCACCAACAACGAGGAGAAUUCCGGUGACCACACCGAAACCCCGUUGUUAUCCCGGAUCAACUGAUCCUGAAUGUCAACCCAGAACACGGGCACCAUUAACCACACAAAAGCCAAGAUGUUAUCCAGGCUCCGAUGAUCCUGAAUGCCAGCCCGCUACCUAUCUUCCACCAACAACAAGAAGAACACCAGUCCCAACACCAAGGAUUCCAGUUACUACUUCCAAGCCUAAUUGUUACCCGGGCUCAACAGAUAGUCGCUGCCCGCAGAGACCUCCAACGACUCCGCGACCAAGAUGUUAUCCGGGAUCCCCUAAUCCAGAAUGUCAGCCGGCAACACGCGUGACUCAGAAGCCAUCCACUCAGCAACCAAAGUGCUCUCCUGGAUCAUCAGAUCCGGAAUGCCUAAAUUGUUUCCCAGGCUCCCCAGAUCCCAGAUGUCCCAAGGUUCCAACCACAAAGAAGGCAGGAUGUUAUGAGGGCUCGGAUGAUCCGAAAUGUCAGCCUGCCACUUAUUUGCCACCUACAUCUCGCAGACCACCAACCAUUCCACCUAGGCCUAGAUGCUAUCCCGGAUCAACGGAUCCCAGCUGCCCGCAACCAACUAGACCAUCGACGAUAAGGCCACCGGUGACCACAGUGAAGCCUAGGUGUUAUCCUGGAUCACCGGAUCCCGAAUGUCAGCCAGCCACUUUCUCUCCUCCGAAGACCAGGAGACCCGUAACGACAUCCAAGCCAAAUUGUUACCCGGGCUCGAUAGACAGACGUUGCCCACAGGAACCAGUGACAACUCCAAAGCCCAGGUGCUAUCCUGGAUCACCGGAUCCCGAAUGUCAGCCAGCUACUUAUCUCCCACCAACGACCGCUAGAACUACGAUUCCUACAACUAAGCCGAGGUGCUAUCCGGGCUCCAAUGAUCCUGACUGCCAACCUGCAACCACUCGAAGGCCGAUCACAACAUCGAAGCCAAAUUGUUAUCCUGGGUCAACGGAUAGUCGCUGCCCACAGAAACCACCUACGACUCCCAGACCAAGGUGCUAUCCUGGAUCUACAGAUCCUUCUUGCCAACCUGCAACUUAUCUUCCUCCAACAACUGCGAGACCAACAAUUCCUACCAAGCCAAGGUGUUAUCCCGGGUCAAGUGAUCCUUCUUGCCAGCCUCCAACAACUAGAACACCUAUCACAACAUCAAAGCCCAAUUGUUAUCCUGGUUCCACCGAUACCCGUUGCCCGAAAACACCACCUACUACUCAACAGCCAAAGUGCUAUCCGGGCUCACCAAAUCCGGAAUGCCUGAAUUGUUAUCCUGGGUCCCCAGAUCCGAGAUGCCCCAAAGUUCCGACGACAAAGAAAGCAGGAUGUUAUGAUGGUUCGGAUGAUCCCAGGUGUCAACCAGCUACUUACCUGCCGCCAUCAACUAACCGAACUCCCACGAUUGCACCGAAACCAAGGUGCUACCCGGGAUCAACUGAUCCCAGAUGCCCACAAACAAGUCAGCCAACUUCCAGAGCUCCAAUUACCACAGCUAGACCACGUUGUUAUCCUGGGUCUAAUGAUCCUGAAUGUCAGCCCCCGACUACAAGAGUACCUGUAACAACACCUAAGCCACGUUGUUAUCCAGGCUCGAGGGAUCCCGAAUGUCAGCCUGCUACUAGACCACCAGUUACGACUUCCAAGCCAAGAUGCUACCCAGGAUCUUCAGAUCCAGAGUGCCAACCAGCCACUUACCUUCCGCCAACAUCUGUAAGAACAACAAUUCCGACUACCAGAAGGCCCGUGACUACCUCUAAGCCAAACUGCUAUCCGGGCUCAACUGACAGACGCUGUCCCAAGGAGCCGCUAACGACACCAAGGCCUAGAUGUUAUCCCGGCUCAACCGACCCCGAAUGCCAACCCGCAACUUACCUUCCGCCCACAACAGUUCGAGUUCCAAUUACUACGGCUAGGCCCAGGUGUUAUCCGGGUUCAAACGAUCCUGGUUGUCAACCAGUCACGUACUCUCCUCCGACAACAAGAACUCCUGUAACAACAGCCAAGCCGAACUGUUAUCCAGGCUCCACGGAUCCUCGUUGUCCUCAAAAGCCUGCAACGACGCCAAAACCUAGAUGUUAUCCGGGAUCCACAGACCCUUCUUGCCAACCUGCGACCUAUCUUCCACCAACAACUGCAAGACCAACUAUUCCCACAACCAAGCCAAGGUGUUAUCCUGGAUCAAGCGAUCCUUUCUGCCAACCACCGACAACAAGGACCCCUAUAACUACAUCAAAACCAAACUGUUAUCCUGGUUCUACCGAUAGUCGUUGUCCACAAAAGCCAGCAACAACUCCACAGCCAAAGUGUUAUCCCGGAUCUUCAGAUCCAGAAUGUCUGAAUUGUUUCCCAGGUUCGCCAGAUCCAAGAUGUCCAAAGGUUCCAACCACAAAACGACCAGGAUGCUAUGAGGGUUCGGAUGAUCCGAAAUGUCAGCCUGCCACUUAUUUGCCUCCUUCAUCUCGGCGUCCACCCACGAUUGCUCCCAAACCAAGAUGCUAUCCCGGAUCGACCGAUCCUUCCUGUCCGCAACCAACUUUGCCAACCACAAUCAGGACACCAAUAACUACUCCGAGGCCAAGGUGUUAUCCGGGAUCAAGUGACCCAGAAUGUCAGCCAGCAACUUAUGUGCCACCGACCACUAGGCGGCCAGUUACUACCUCCAAGCCAAAUUGCUAUCCGGGAUCAACAGAUAGGCGCUGUCCGCAGGAACCAGUAACUACACAAAAGCCCAGAUGCUAUCCUGGCUCAUCGGACCCAGAGUGCCAACCUGCCACUUACCUCCCACCGACAACAGUGAGAACCACGGUUCCUCCUACUAGACCUCGAUGCUAUCCGGGCUCUAACGAUCCCGACUGCCAGCCUCCGACUACCAGAAGACCUAUAACUACUUCAAAGCCGGUUUGUUCUUUGGGCUCCACGGACAGUCGUUGCCCCCAGAAACCGCCAACGACUCCAAGGCCAAGGUGUUAUCCGGGAUCUCCAGAUCCUUCGUGCCAACCUGCAACGUAUCUUCCUCCAACAACUGCUAGGCCAACUAUUCCUACAACUAGGCCUAGGUGUUAUCCGGGAUCAACCGACCCCUUCUGCCAACCGAAAACAUAUUCCCCACCGACAUCAAGACCAGUUAUAACCACAUCGAAGCCCAGAUGUUAUCCCGGCUCGCCGGAUCCUGAUUGCCAACCAGCUACGGUUCCUUCCACUUACUCUCCUCCCACAACAAAAAUACCAGUGACAACGUCCAGACCAAAUUGUUAUCCUGGCUCCACGGAUCCUCGUUGUCCACAGAAACCACCUUCUACUCCGCAGCCGAGGUGUUACCCUGGCUCACCAGAUCCAGAGUGCCUGAAUUGUUUCCCUGGUUCCCCAGAUCCUAGGUGUCCCAAAAUUCCGACCACCAAAAAGGCAGGAUGCUACGAGGGAUCAGAUGAUCCGAAAUGUCAGCCUGCUACGUAUUUACCGCCUUCAACUCGGCGUCCACCAACAAUUGCUCCGAAGCCCCGGUGUUAUCCUGGAUCAACGGACCCCAGUUGUCCCCAGCCAACUGUGCCAACCACCACAAGGACACCUAUAACUACGUCUAGGCCUAGGUGUUAUCCUGGAUCUAAUGACCCUGAUUGCCAGCCGGCCACUUACUCGCCACCGACUUCGGCAUCACAAAUUACUACUCAGAAGCCGAGGUGUUAUCCGGGCUCACGGGAUCCAGAAUGUCAACCAGCUCCCACUACAAGGAUUCCGGUGACCACUUCCAAGCCAAAUUGCUAUCCAGGUUCAACGGACAGACGCUGCCCCCAGGAACCAGUCACAACGCCUAAGCCUAGAUGUUAUCCUGGAUCAUCGGAUCCCGAAUGUCAGCCAGCUACUUAUCUGCCACCGACAACUGCAAGAACUACGAUUCCUACAACUAGGCCGAGGUGUUAUCCGGGCUCAAGUGAUCCCGAUUGCCAACCAGCAACAAGGAUUCCUGUGACUACUUCUAAGCCUAGUUGCUAUCCAGGCUCCUCGGAUCCUCGUUGCCCUCAAACACCACCAACAACUGUCAGGCCAAGAUGUUAUCCGGGAUCCACGGAUCCUGCUUGCCAACCUGCCACUUAUCUUCCGCCAACAACUGCAAGACCAACCAUUCCUACAACCCAGCCAAGGUGUUAUCCUGGAUCCAGUGAUCCUUUCUGCCAACCACCGACUACUCGCACCCCUAUAACUACUUCCAAGCCGAAUUGCUAUCCUGGUUCAACCGACAGUCGUUGUCCACAAAAGCCACCGACUACUUCGCAGCCAAGGUGCUUCCCCGGCUCAUCAGAUCCGGAAUGUCUGAACUGUUUCCCUGGCUCUCCAGAUCCGAGAUGCCCGAAAAUUCCAACGACAAAGAAGGCAGGAUGUUACGAGGGUUCCGACGAUCCAAGAUGCCAGCCGGCUACGUACCUUCCGCCAUCAACUACGAGUGUACCUAAGCCGAACUGCUAUCCAGGAUCCAGCGAUCCGAGGUGCCCACGACCAACUCAGCCUGGUACUAUCAGACCGCCCAUUUCCACACCGAAGUGUUAUCCAGGCUCUUCUGAUCCUGACUGCGAACCGGCAACGAGACCCCCUGUAACCACUUUGAGGCCCAGAUGUUAUCCUGGUUCUACCGAUCCAGCAUGUCAGCCGGCUACUUACUCUCCUCCGACUACAAGAAUUCCGAUAACUACUUCCCAGCCGAAUUGUUACCCGGGAUCGACGGACAGGCGAUGCCCACAGGUUCCAGUGACGACACCGAAACCAAGAUGCUAUCCAGGCUCAAGUGAUCCAGAGUGUCAGCCGGCUACCUAUCUCCCACCAACAACCCGACGGCCGACAAUUCCUACGAAUAGACCAAGAUGUUAUCCGGGUUCAACUGAUCCUGAUUGCCAACCUGCAACGUACUCGCCGCCAACAACAAGAAUACCGAUAACCACACCCAAGCCACGUUGCUAUCCGGGAUCAACAGAUCCUAGUUGCCAGCCAGCCACUUAUCUUCCACCCACCACAGCAAGCAGGUGCUAUCCUGGUUCCACCGAUCCUGAGUGCCAGCCUGCGACAUAUUCUCCUCCAACGACGAGAAUUCCGAUAACUACUUCAAAGCCAAAUUGUUAUCCAGGCUCUACGGAUAGUCGUUGCCCCCAGAAACCGCCAACUACUCCAAGACCAAGGUGUUAUCCAGGUUCACCGGAUCCCGAGUGCCUGCCAGGAACAACAUCUAAGCCACCGACUGCUGGAACCACACCGGUUUAUUGUUAUCCCGGUUCGAUUGAUCCACGUUGUCCCGAUUCCGGAUACAAGGGCACAAGUCGAAUUCCUGCCACAUACUUGCCACCUUUGAGUGAUCCUGGCUACGACAGAACUAUUCGAAAUGCCAAGUCCUUGUUCUUUAACGAAAUUAAUAACCUGGCCCUCACCGACAACAAUGUCUUUGAACUGGACGACGAUGACUUCGAGACAUCGAGGUCGAAGCGGGAGUUAAAAUUCGAGGAGGAGGAGGAUGAUCUCUUGUCGAAGAGAAUCAUGAAGCGAGAGUUCAACGAGCAACCAUCAGAGCAAGAAGUGAUUUCCCUGACCCUCGGAGUUAGAAUGGGCAUCAGUGUUAAAUAGUCGUUGAAGGCCUAGUAGUUGAUAAGCAUAACAAUAUUAUAAUAUCAUGAUACACCGAUAUGUAUUUACCUAGAAUGAUAUUCAUUAAAUAUAAACUAUGUACAAAUGUAAA